UUGGCAAAUUAUGGAGUUUAAUGAACAAGAGGAUGAGUUGCUAGAGCCAGUUAGCCCUGUUGCUCAAUGCUUCAACACAUCUGUAUUGUCCAUUUCUGUUAUUGUUGUUUUGGAAUUUGAAAUUCCCAUUGAUGAAGCCAAAAUUAUGUCUUAUGCUAAGGAUCUUAUUCCGCUCAACCCCUUGUUCAGUUCUAUUAUGGUGGAGGAUAUAAAUGGGAAGAGAAAAUGGAAGAAAGUUGAAGUGAAUCUUGAAGAGCAUAUUUUAGUGCCAACUUUGCCCUCAAAUUUGUCACUAGUUGAACUCAAUUAUGAUACAUAUUUCAAGGAAUAUAUGACCGAUUUGGGUGUCCAAGAGUUACCCAAAAACAAGCCCUUGUGGGAAAUUCAUAUCAUAAACUAUCCAACAAAAAAUGCAGCUGCUCAUUUAAUUCUCAAGUUUCACCAUUCACUUGGAGAUGGCUAUUCGAUGAUGGGUCUUCUUAUUUCUAGCAUGAAAAGAGCAGAUAAUCCUUCACUUCCAUUAACUUUUCCUUCAAGGAAAAUUAAUUCAGAUCAUAAUCUACAAUCAAGGAAUGUUCUAAGUCUUGUGCCUAAAUUCGUGUUGUCAUCUAUGAAUAGUGUAUUGGACUUUGGAUGGAGCAUUAUGAAAAGUAGUGUUCUUGAAGAUGACUUGACACCCAUAAGAUCUGGUGGUGAUGGUGUGGAGUUUAGGCCAAUUGCAACCUGGACAAUCAAUUUCUCUCUUCAUCAAAUCAAACAAAUCAAAUCCAAACUUAGAGUGACGAUCAACGAUGUGGUUACAGGAAUAAUCUUUUUAGGAAUCCGAUUAUACAUGUAUGAGACUUGUCCUAAUUCAACUCAAUCCAACUCAACGGCAAUUGUUUUGCUCAACACAAGGAUGUUGGGAGAUUAUAAGUCUAUAGAAGAUAUGUUGAAGCCCAAUUCAAAUAACCCAUGGGGGAAUCACUUUGCCCUUUUGCCUAUUGACAUUCCUAAACUCACUGAUUAUGAGCUUUCAAACCCAAUCCAAUUCAUCAAAGCCGCACAAAAAUUGAUCAAGAGGAAGAGAUACUCUUAUGCUGUUUUCCUCGUUGACAAGCUAAUGGAGAUGAUAAAUAAACUCAAGGGCCCAGAGGCAGCGGCCAAAUAUGUGUACAAGACGGCGAGAAAUUCAAGCAUAAGCAUAUCAAAUAUGAUCGGACCAAAGGAGAAAAUGGCUCUGCUUGGUCACCCGGCAAAAGGAAUCUACUUUACGGUUGUGGGUUUACCUCAGAGUUUGAUGAUAACAAUGAUAAGUUACAUGGAAAAUUUGAGGAUUACUUUUGGGAGUGAGAAAGAAUUUAUAGAUCAAGUGAAACUCACAUCUUGUAUGAAAAAAGCAUUAGAGCUUAUUCAUAAUGCUUCAUUUGACAUUUCCAUUUAG